AUGCAUAUCUUGACUCUUUUGCUCAGGCUGCCGCCAUUGGGUGGAAAGGGUGCCCGGCGCGUGCAGCUGCAGAUGUUGUUCAAACAGACCAAUACCCGAUCAUCGGAUACCUGCAACACGGGCGGCACUGUAUGUUCUCUAGGCAGCCACCCCCUAUCCCAUUUCUCACAAUGUUCGAUUGUCACAUUACCAAAUGGCAUAAGCUACUUCAAGAGAUUGACUUUGAGUCGCUCGCUGUCCAUCAUGGUCUCCACUCAAUGCACCAGCAAAGCUGCUGCCAAGGCCGACACCCCCACCACUACUGCCGCUCGCCGUGGUCCCGACAAAGCCCUGCCCGCCGCUCCUCGCAAGCAGGCCAAAGGCUCUCAGGCUCGCAAAGUCACUGCGACUGCUGCCAGCAAGAAGGCAACCGUGAAGGAACAUGCUACGCCCAAACAUCGUGGCAGACCCCGCAAGAACACACGCGAUGAUGAUAACAAUGAUGACAUGGUUGCGCUAGCUGAAGACAAUGGCUCUGAUGACAUGGAUGUCGACGCUAGAGGCAAGGACAAGGACAAGGACAUUGUGGAUCCUGACAUGUUUUGUUUAUCCUCCCUCCCCCCUUCGUCACCCAUUGCCUCCACCUGCACCUCUGCGCUUUCCGAUGAUGAAGAUGAGAAGCCUCCCCGCCCCCUCAGCCUAGGAACGUUAAGGCCAGAGCUUGCUCGCCUGGUAAAAUUAGAUGAAGUUGAUGACAAUGAUGACAAUGACGAGGAAGAGUUCUCCAUCAAGCUCACUGCAUGGGCCAAAAAGAAUGGCAAGGGCAAGUACAAGGCCUAUGUCGAGGACGUUGAUGAAGACGAGGAGGAGGCUGCGCAGUCUGAGGACAAUGCCGGCACUGUUUUUGAUGAUGAUUGGGAAAAGGAACAAGCCAAUGACACCGAUACUAACAAGAGUGACAAUGACAAUGACAACGAAGAGCCUGCUCCCAAGAGCAAGACCAAAGGCAAGGCCAAGGCUAACGACAAGCCCAAGUCCACGGACAAGGGUAAGGGCAAGGCAUCUGAAGCCAAGCCAUUGAAGAAGAAGGGCCCACUCACCUUUGAGCAGCAGGCCAAGGUGGCCAAGGGUGGUGUCAAGGGUCUUGUCGCCGACACUGGCAAGUCAGCAAACUCCCUCCUCAAGAUCAUGCAAGUUGCUAUCCGUGGCACUCGUCAUACAAGUCUCUACAAUAUGACGAAUCAUUGGGCCAAGGUGAAUUCCAUGUUUGCCGGUGAUCCUGAACGUACCGAGAAAGUCCGCGACUUCUACAAGAAGAUGAUGGCUGACUCUGACCCUGGCGCCUCUGUCUCUGACAGGCGCGGGAAAGUUGCUAACGCUCGUAUCAAGGAGAUCAAAGCAACCUGGGCUAAGUACAGCAAGGUCAAUGUCAAAUCUGCAGGCAAGACCAGUGCUGUGCUCCAGGACAACCUCGACUACUUUGCAGGCGAGGCUUUCAGGGCAUUGACUAUGGACCAGGUUGAGGUCGUUGGGCUCUGCAUCAACAAGUCCCUUGACCCUAGCCAAGGCUCUGCGACUGGAGAAAAACAUCAACAUGGCUGGCAUUGCCAAAUGAGCCGCCUCCAUGCUCUAAUGUUUGAGGCUGCUAUGCAGGUCGAGUUGCCCAAACCCUUUGUGAAGGUUGCCCAGGCUGAAGACGAAAGGCCAGCCAACCCUCAUGACCAGCUUCAUUCUGUUGCCACAGGCAUGUUUUAUGCCAAGUACAAAGCAGCUGGCUAUACUGGUUCUCAAAUGACCUACAAGCUCAUUGUGAAGAGCUUCAUCAAGAACAAGAUAUGCAUCUAUAACUGGCCUAUGACAAUCUCUGAGCGCCCCCUUGAAUAUGCUAGGAUUUGGGACACUGCGAGGUUGCCUUGUUGGCUCCCCUCAGUGAUUGCUGUUGACAAGACUGUCUUACUUUGGGUCCGGCGUGAAGGUGGUGUUGUCAACAUCAGGCAGUGUAUCCCAGCCAACAGCCCUGCUGCUGUCAACCCUAUCAUCCCUGACACUCUCCUCUUAAAUGAGGAUGAGGAUUAUGUCCCUACGUCGGAGCCUGAGGAAAUGCCACUGCUCCCACCUUCAAAGAAGUCAGCUACCCGUGUUGCCUUGGGUAGCAACAAGCAUGGGGCUCCCCACCUUUCUUGUGGUGAAUUCCACCCCUCCCAGCUUCGAGUUCAGGCCAAAGCAGUUCUCCCACCUCCAGUGAACUUGCAGACUUGUCCUUCGCAAGCUCCUUCUGUUUGUGCGCCAUCAGCUACUUGCUCUGUUUGCUCGGAGCCUGGUCCCUCGGCUCGUCCUCCCCCUGUCUUCCUCCCCCCUGUUUUUUGUCCUCGUGAGAUGCAGGCUUUGAGGUACAGCCAGGAUGGACUUGUUGCUGAGUCAAGUCACCAGGCUGUGGAAUGGCAGGCUAGAUUGUCGAACCUUCGUCAUAAUCAAUUCAAGUAUGCUUGGGACCAGAUGUCCCAUUCCAACUUAGAGGAAGAGCAGGAUGCAUGUGAUUCUUCAGUUCAUUCACAGUGUAUUGUAAUGGUGUACAGUGUGGACAUGGAGUCAACACCCACAUCUCAAAUUUGCAAUGACAAGUCGUUUCCACUUGGAACAUCCUCCAGUGAGCAUUACCCUCAGAGCAACAUGGGUGAAGGCCCAGUUGUUGAGCCAUCACUAUUCACAAUUAUAACAUUUUUACAAUGGACUUACCAAAAAUUUGACCAGUUGUGCCCUGCACAAGCUGCUAGUUUUCAAAUCAAAAUUCUGGUGAUUAGUGUUACUACCAUUGGCUCAAUUUUUGUCCAAGAGGAUGGUAACUUUAUCAAUGGAAUGUUGGAAAACCCUAGAAACUGA